AUGGCUGAUCCUGAGGUUUCCUCUCCGAUUAUCACCGAAAAUGCACCCGCAGGUAAUUAAAUACUGUCCUUAACUUCUUGUUAGGUAACUCUGUGAAUGCCCUCGCAGCCGCCCAUAUGGUUACGGAGGCUGUUGCCGACCUCAGUAAGUCAAUUAUUUACAACUUGGAUGGCUGUAUGAAAUACAAAUUGUAAUUGUUUUAGAGCUGGCGGCUGAGACUGCUCUAGUCAAAGCUGCCGAAGCCGCUGAGCAAAAUGCAAACACUGAAAAAAAGAAUGACGAGAAAAACGAAGAAAACAAAUCAGAACAAGAUGAAGAAAACAAAGAAGCAAAACAAAUAGAAGAAGGGACUAAACAGGAAGAAGAAAAUCAAGAAAAGGAAGAGGAAGGUGCAAAGAAGGAGGAAAUAAGCAAAGAAAAUUCAGCAGUGGACGACGCCAGCGCGAUAGAGACAAAAGUUGUGCCCGAAACUCCCCAGGACAGCGCUGUCAACGAGAACGAGCCGGCUCAACCCGAAAGCGUUGCAGAGCCAUCCACAGAAGUUCCAGAAGAAAAGCCUGCUGAAGAAUCCUCUGAAGACGUCAAAACAGUAACUGCAGAGGAACCAGAACAACCUGCUGAGAUUGAAGAAUUGAAGAAGGAAGAAAACGAUGAGCCUACAGAAGAAUCGCAUACAAAAAACGCCCCCGGCGUGUCUGAAGAAAAUGAAGCAGGGCUAGUCGCUGAGCCCUCUGAAGGUCAGGAGGAUAUUCCUGCAGCAAUUGGGACCACUACGGUAGUAGUCGAGACUCCAUUAGGCCCUGAGGUUGCUGCGCCCGUGGAUGUUGUCGAAGAUGGUCAACUUCCAGAACAAUAUGCUGACUUUGUUUCUGGAGGUAAACUUACAUCACUCCAAGUGCGAUGCUCAGAUUUUGAUGAAACUUGACCUAAAUUUGGAUUAUUUUUUUCUAAGGAGAUUCCCAGCUUGCGGUUUGCAGAAAGGAUUGAGAUUUAGAUCAAAAGCCUCAAAAAUAUGACACUUUUUUCGAAUGUUAGCAUGAAAAUGGUAAUGCCUUUCUACCGCUGAGGGUAAUGUCUUUACAAAAAAAAUUUUUUUUUCAUUGCUGACAAAUUAUAUGCUCCAAAAAGUGUUAUUUCUUUGGCCGCUCUCCGCGUUUCGCGUAUUUUGUGGGCUGCCAAGAUCGUUCAAUGGGGCUUAUGCUUGACAUGCGUGUAAAGUUUUAAAAAGAUCUGAGCUUUGCGAUUGAAAUCUUUCCCUUGUCAGGUUGAUUUAAUGCUGAUCUAAUAACUAUUUUACUAUGACAUAAUUCCAGAUUCCAUCUCUUAUUAUGAGGACUGCUUAGACCAAUAUUCGGAUUAUGUUGGAGGAAAUUACGAUGAGAUUAGUUUGGAUGAAGUCAACUCCCUCCACGACAGCGAUACCUCUUCAAUUAAACAAAAGAAAAAGAGCCGGGUCCUUGGAGGACUCAAAAGUAUUGCCUCGGGCGGUGCCAAAAUUGGUAAGGAAGAACUUUCUGCAGGUUUCUUGACUCUCGAAUACCUUUUGUUUCUCAAAGUCUCGUAAUUCAUUUUUUAACCUGCAUCUUUUAGUUAUUGGAACAAAGGAUAUCGUUUAUGGAACAGGCAAAGGAACUGUUAGAGCCGGCCAAAGCGUUGCUUCGGGAGUUAAAUACACGACUGUGGCCGUUGGAAAAGACGUUGCUCAAGCCACAUCUGCAGUUGGUAAGAACGGUUUACAAAAGUUUGGUUUUUAUUUCCACACUUCCUUCAGCCACUGGCACAAAGAAUGUGAUUGUAACUGGGGCUUCGGCCGUCGCCCACACAACCGUUGUCGGAGCUCAGGCCAUUGGCCACGGAGCUGAAGCCAUCGGCCAUGGCACUGCCAAAGUCGCCGGGGCUGUCGUUGACGGAACCAAAGCCGGAGCCUUGGCCAUUGGUCAUGGUGCAGAAGCGAUUGGCCAUGGGACCGUAAAGGCAGCUGGAGCUGUUGUAGAUGGCACGAAGGCUGGAGCAUUAGCUGUUGGACAUGGCACCGUGAAAGUUGCUGGAGCAGUGGUUGACGGAACUAAGGCCGGUGCUCUGGCUAUUGGACAUGGAGCCGAAACAAUUGGCCAUGGAACGGUCAAAGUUGCUGAGGCUGUUGUGGAUGGAACAAAAGCCGGUGUGGUUGCUGUUGGUCAUGGCACCGCUAAGGCCGCUGGUGCUGUGGUUGAUGGAACCAAAGCCGGUGCUGGAUUCAUUGCUGACACGACAGUUAAAGCUGGUGAGUCACGGGUUUAAACUUAAAUAAAAAGCUGUUCUAAAAUGCUAUUUGAAACAAUAAUAUUGGAUUGUAGGCACGGCAGUGAAAGGGGCUGCCGUUUCGGUGGCUGAUGGGGUUAAGGACACGACCGUCACUGUGGCCAAGGCCGGCGUUAAUGCGACAAAAGCUGUUGGCCAUGGGAUUGAGAACGCGGCCCACAAUGUUGCGGAUCAUGCCCAGAGAGGAAUGGUGGAUGCUCUGACGUUAGGAUUGAAGAUUGGUGAGAUUUCUCUGACAUGUACUAUCUUAUCCAUGUUUCAGUUGAUUCCAAUGUAAUGGUGGUCCCAAAAGCAAUCACAGCCAAACCUCCAGAGUGA